AUGGGCCAAGUUAGGAAUAAUCGCUACGUCGAAAAUCCAAGACGUGAGCCAAUUCCUGAUAACUCUCAGCCAUGUCUUCCCCCUAGAUCAGUUGUUGAGAAAGCUACUGAAAAUGUUACUUCUAGUAUUGGUCAUGACAAAUUUUGUGAGGAACUAGAAGGACAACGUUCAAUUGUAAUAAGCGGUAUACCUGAGUGCAAAUCAACUAGUGUUAGGGAGCGAAAAUCUUAUGACUACUAUCACGUUUGUAACAUCAUCGAUUUUCUCGGCAUAGAAUGUAAUGCUGUGACGCUUUACAGACUGGGUAAACCAUCACAAGGAAAGAAUCGACUUAUCAAAAUUAUGUUCUCACGUGUCUUUCAACGUAUAGCUUUAAGAAGAGCCGCACGGCUCCGCUUCUAUUCUUUGAAAGGGAUUUUCCUUAGAGAAUCUCUCACAAAAAAGCAAAGAGAGCGGAGAUGCGAGCAGCGUAAAGGUCUCACUAAGAACGAGCUUCGCACUUCAUCGGUUACUAAUGCCUAUACAUCGGAGAAUGUAGAGGCUCACCCUCAAAUAAUGAAUGAUAAGACAUGGCUCAAGCCUAGCCAUAAUUUAUCCUCCCUUCUAUGCAGCUCAAAUGAGGCCUAUAAUAAUUUAAGAUGUGACCGUCUUAAAAAAUUAGGAGGUGGAGUAGUAUUAAUGGUUCACUCUAGACUUUCAGUCUCAUUGGUAUUCAGGGAAUCCGUUAAGGAUGGUUAUGAAAUACUAUGUGCCGAUAUUUUUCAUGAGGAACGAGUCUUCGAACAUCUAACAUUUAUGAGAGAUGAUGACAAGCUUCCGGAAUUCUCCUCAACAUUAACACAGAGUAUGCAUGAUCUACCAUGGUUUCAAGCAGACUGGCUCUAUAAACAGAUUAUGAAAUGGCCUAAAUCCUCCUCGACAAAUCCUGAUUUCAUCCCGCUCUUCUUUAUUCAAAAAGUUGCUUGGUUUAUAUGUGAACCUUUAGCUUAUAUUUUCAACCAGUCUUUGAUGCGAGGAGAAGUUCCACGACGAUGGAAGCACUCACAUGUAAUGACCCGGUUUGUCAGUUCACCACAAGAACGCAUCUGCUCAAAUAUCGGCGCACGCCCAAUGUGCUCCGAAGGAGUACUUCGAAAAGAGUAUUCUGCGGAAGAUCUGUUUCAUCAGCAGAUGCUUUUCAAGCGGGUGGUUGAUGUGAAAACAGCGUUAUCAGAAUUGACGAUGGAUGAACACAGAUUUCUCCAGGCUAACUCAAACAUUCCAUCUGUGAUACCUCAUUACUAUGAAAUUUCUCAUCUAGUCCGUUAA